GGAGCAGAUCUGCGCCGCAUAUCAAACCGCCGCAGGCUCGACCCAAAACCCUAGCUCUCGCCUCCUCCUCGACACCCGCCGCCGCCGCCGUCGACGAGCACCAAGCUCCACCGAGCAGCCAUGGCGAGCCCGGCAGCAGCAGGGGCACCGGCGGCGGGAGUGAGGUCGUUCCUGCAGGCCGUGUCGACCGUCACCGAGGAGGCGCCGUCUCCGCUCCGCGUCGUGCAGAUGGAGGGCCUGGCUGUCCUGAAGAUCAUUAAGCACUGCGAGGAGUUUGCACCCGCUUUGGUUACAGGGCAACUGCUUGGUUUGGAUGUUGGCAGUGUUCUCGAAGUGACAAACUGUUUUCCUUUCCCGAUGAGAGAAGACGAUGAAGAAGCGGAUGCAGAUGGUGCAAAUUAUCAGCUUGAGAUGAUGAGGUGUUUGAGGGAGGUUAACGUUGACAAUAACACUGUUGGAUGGUAUCAAUCUUGCUUGCUUGGGUCUUUUCAAACUGUGGAACUGAUUGAAACAUUCAUGAACUAUCAGGAGAAUAUCAGGAGGUGUGUGUGCAUUGUUUAUGAUCCGUCUAGAUCAAAUCAAGGGGUGUUAGCUCUCAAGGCCUUGAAACUCACAGAUUCAUUCAUGGAUCUUUACCGUAACAAUGGUUUAACUGGAGAGAAGUUAAGAGAGAAGAAAUUGUCAUGGGUUGAUAUCUUUGAGGAGAUACCGAUUAAAGUUUCCAACUCUGCACUUGUCAGUGCCUUCAUGACGGAGCUGGAACCUGAAUCACCUGUUUCACAGUGUGAUUUUGACCGCCUUAAAUUGUCAACGGCUCCCUUUAUGGAAAGGAACUUGGAAUUUCUGAUUGGGUGCAUGGAUGAUCUUUCAUCGGAACAGAACAAGUUCCAAUAUUACUAUCGCAACGUCUCGAGGCAACAGUCACAGCAGCAGGCAUGGCUUCAAAAGAGAAGGCAAGAGAACAUGGCAAGAAAAGCUGCCGGAGAGGAGCCAUUACCAGAAGAGGAUCCAUCUAAUCCCAUUUUCAAGCCAAUCCCUGAGCCCUCACGUUUGGAGGGUUAUCUUGUAACCAACCAGAUCUCCAGCUACUGCAACCAUAUUAAUGGCCUGUGGGACUGGCAAGCCGCGGAGCAUUGUGAAAGCAAUGUUGCAUCUCAUGACGCGUCUAGAUUCGUGUGGGAUUGCCUCAAUCAAGAUGAUGAUGACCUACUGGGGUUGCUGGGCAAUCAAACUCCUCUAAGGGACUGCCGUGGCUUCUUUGAUAUUGAUGAUUUCACCUGCAAGGAGACAUUAGACAUAGAGGAAUCUCGGGAAUCGAAGCGGCGGCGCAUAUUGGAGUACCCUUCUGAGUCUAAUCGGUCAGAAGAUGGUAAACAUGAAAUAAGUUCCCCCUUGACCACAUCCGAGGCAUCAGAGAUAUCAUUGCUUUGCACUGAUGAACCUCAGAGCUUCAAUUGGGAUUCACAGAACAGUUCAAAUAAUUUUGAUUCUUUGGCAAAUGGAGCAUUCUACCAGCCAUCAAAUAGUCAUAUGAAUAAUUGCUCUGAUGAAAGUCAAGUGCAUUUCAGGCUUUCUAGCCAGGAGAGCGUUACGUAUACCACUGAUCAAGGUGGGAUGUCAGGAACAACUGAGAAUGAUUCAGUGACAGAGAGUCUUGUAAUGCAGGAGACUAGGAAGCUUUCUACACUUAAAGUAUCUAAAGGAAACUCACAGGUUAAGGUGAAGCAGAACUUAACUACAACUAUAGCAUACCCUUUUACCCUCAUCAAACCAUCUUGGGAGGAAGGAGAUGUCAUCACUCUGAAGGAUAUAAAUCAGCGAAUCCGUGCUCCUCCAAAGAAGGCUCCGGAAACACUGGGCACUUCAGCAUUCUCUGGCAAGCCAGUCAUUGGCAAGACAAGAAUCAAAACUGACGGGGGCAGAGGCAGCAUCACAAUACUAAGAACAAAAGGUUGACAGUCUAACAACUUGUUUCUCAGCCAUUACCUCAAUUGCUCUCAGCAAUUUGGUCUCCACAGCUCUUUGGUUUCCCAUCUCAGUUUUUUCCCCAUGGAUUUGGUAUUUAGGAUGACUACCAAUGGCUAACUUCUUCAAAGAUUCACCAUUCUUCCUGUGUACAUUAGCGGCAUGCGGCUAAUGUUAUAUAUGAGAGAGUUUUGCGUUCAGAAACAAUUUCCCUCUACUGCAUCUACUUAAGUCAGAUGUUGUUCA